CGGUGAUCAAUUGCGUGUUCUUAUUGGCCGGUUCUGUCACUUGAACGGAUGCCGGAUGUGCGUCUUCUCUACCUCAUGCUUCGAAAAUGGGGCUGGGGGAAGGAGCUGUCCAGAAGCAAGGGCCGGGCAUCGUUUUGUUCAAGAACAGCGACUACCUCACCUACUUGGUCCGCUCUUGUAAACUGCCGCUGCUCAGUCGACCUUAUUGCUUCAUUCAAGCCUUGCCCGUGAACUCACAGGUACCAUACACUCCUCCCCUUGCCGCCUGUUCACCAUGACCGCCAUUGUCGACUCCGCAACGCAGGGAGCGCCAAAUAUGAUGCCCGACUACGAGAUCAAGUUCCUCCCCAAACCCACCGCAGUCCUCGGUCCUAACACGGAGCUCACGAGCACCGUCCUGUCGACCUUCGACAUGCCCCCAAGCGUCACCAAGCUGCAUGCCCAGUUUCUUGACACGACCGGCAAGGACAUCUAUACCGCCGGCUGGAGCGCCCGCAUCCGUAAGACUGAGAACGAGGAUGACUUGGAGCUGACGUACAAGAAGCGGUAUGUCAUCAUGGACGGUGACAUCGACGCCGCGCUCACCACGGCUAAUAAUGAUGGUUUCGACGCCGGUGACGCGAAAUACGAGGCCCAAGUCGAAUGGGGCUACCAGAAGCAGACACUCUCUAUCACCCGCAAGAAGAAGGUGGCGGAUUCUGUGAACAGCGGGAUGGACCUGCCGGGGACGUGCAAAUCGCGUGCGAUGUUGGUCGACAAAGCGCCCGAUAAGUUCGACAACUGGCUGGGCAUCAACUGGGGCACCGACGCGUUGGCAAAAUCGCGUAUUUUUGGGCCGGUCCUCGCCAAGCGCUCGAUUGGCACAUGGGAGGGGAUGCGGCUCUACAUCGAGGUCUGGCCCAUCCGUAACCGCGCGGGCAUAGGAAACGACUGCCUCGUCGAGGCGUCUUUCAAGACUGAGAGCCGUACGACAGCCUUGACUAAGCACGACAGCUUCAUCUCCUACCUGCAGGAGAAGGGUUGGUUUCUCGAGGAGGAUUCACUGAAGACGCAGCUCAUUAUGGAGCGCUAUUAAUAUGGAAAGUUAUUAGGCGCAAGGAUGAUUGUUAAGCUAGCUUCCGUGAUAAUGGACUCCGAGGGGAAAAAAAGGAUUUGCAAUUAUAGAUUGAAUAAUAUUGUCACCAC